UAGUCUGAUUACUCUGGACUGGAGUCAGACUAGGUGCUCUGCACAUGCACCAACAUUUCCUCCUCGUUCUUUGACACGGAAGCAGAAGGAGACGACGUGUAAAGUGCAGUGCUGUUGCCGGAAAUCAUACGGCAACAGCGUUUUUCUCUGGACAACACAGCAACUGAAGUAUCUGACUUAGAUGAACACAUGAACACGGCUACAUUCUGUCUGAAAUAUGUUUAAGACGUAAACUUCAUUGCAUUUGAGGAGCAGACGCUUCCUCAGGAUGGGAUGGAGUUUGGGUUCGGCAGGAACACAUUCUCCCAAGCUUCUGCAGAGAUGGUCUGAUGCCUGACUUGUAACCGAGUCCUGUGUCAGAGGGGUUUCUUUCUGCACCAUCAACUCAUCACCAGGAAGCCUGACUUAAAACGACACAACCACAAGAUCUGUGCUCCGUCAUGAUUAACACGCACGGCAGAACCACAGCAUCAUCCAUCUCACCGAUUCUCCGUCCAGAAUUCGUACAUGGUCUACAUUUAUUUUCUUGUCUUCUCACAUUAUCCAUACAGCACAUGAACUCCAUCUAUCACACAUCUAUCAAACCCAUUCACACUCUGUCACAACAUCUGCACGUAGACCAGCAGAGCCUGGGAUUGAACCCUUGACGCACCUGCUGGGAUUUACAGACGUAAACAUCUCUAAUGUUUACAAUGUUCCAGAGAAGAGUAAAUAUCCAGUAAGGUCAGUGGAGAAUGACCCGUCUGCUUCAAAGUUAUACAAAGGUAUCAGUAAUCCAACAAACUACUUGUUAUACUUGUUCUGCCUCGCUAGGACCAGGUUUUGGUCUCCAUGACGACUACAGGUCCUGACAAGGUCAGUGUUUCUGAAACAGGUAACGAAUAAGCAAAAACACCACACUGACAAAGUGUCUUCUCUGAAUUGUGAUUGUUAACAGUCGCCGCAGUCUGGCAGCAGAAGAUCUUCAGAUUAGGAAAUCAAAGAUGUACAAGACGGAGAUAAUCCAUCAUUGGAUUAGGGAAAGCAGUUCAUAUUUUUUUUGAUGAGUAAUGGAAAAAUGGAAAAUAAUCUCUGAAACAAAUGUAGAAAUAAUGACAAGCAUGAUACUAUGAUACUAUCAACCACCAUAUCGACUUCUUCUCUGACCAUUUCUCAUGUUCUCUCCUUUUUGUUUUUGUACAUAUAGCAACUUGUGUCAUUUGUAUGCAAACGUCUCCCUCACAUAAUCUCUGUUUUCUUGUCGUUUAAAUCCUGUGGCGUAAAAACCGCUGCAAUAUUUUAAGGUAGAAGCAAAUAUGUAGGAAAAAAGUCACUUUCAUCAUCUAGUUUAAUUUACAGUGAAGUGAUUUCUCUUUUCUGGAGAAGAGCCAUGAGGAGUGAUUCUGGGAAAACAGCUGCAGGAGCGAGAAAAUGAAAGUGACUGUCACAGUGUAUAAAAGAGGCAGCGCUGGGUGUCAGGAGUCACACUCAGCCUGUCUCACUGCUUCAAUCAUGAACUCAACUGCCAUCAUCCUCCUCCUCAGCUGCCUGCUCCUCUGUGUUCAAGGGGCGCCAGGCACUGGAUCCAGAAAAUGCAAGUGUUUGAACGGUUACGUCGGCCGAGUCAGACCAGAGCUCAUCAAUUCAGAGCCGCGGGUUUACCAGCCGAGCAGCUUCUGCCCUAAACUGGAGAUUACAAUUGUUCUAGGAACCAAGGAGAAAUGUGUGAACCCAGAGUCAAGGUUCGGACAGCAUGUCCUGAGCGGGCAGGAGAGAAAAAGAGCAGCGCGCUCGACAACAGCCAGUCAAAGCAACACUGAGAGCUCAACGAGCCUCUAACACCUCAGCAUCUGCACCAAAACACUGCUGAGUCAGCACAAGGAGUUCCUCACCAGCACUGUCACUGUCAUGUUUGCACAAUAAGUUCUCAGUUGUUUUUUUUUUAACUGUUUAAUGAGUUGUAUUUUAAUGUAUAUAUGAAUAUAAAUAAGCUGUACAUACAUUCUGAAAAAUAAAAAAACACCUAAUGCA